ACACAUUUGAAAGACUUGGGAAGCUCUGUAAAAAAAUAUAUAUAUAUAUGUAAAAUAUCAACCCAACUAUCAUCUCUGCCUCCUCUCUCAUCAAUUGAUCUUAGUUUGGGGGAAUCUUCUUUCAAGUGGUUCUAAUGAAAAGCCUGUGGGGGAGCCACUACCCUACCAGUCAACCAGCAUCACUCAAAAUCUAGUCCAAGUCCUGGUGUGGCUCAAACUGUUUCUCGCUGGUUCAUGACGAGAUAAGUACUGAAACUGAGAGUAAAUGUGUCUUAAUCUGUUCAGGCUACUCUAGAAAAAUAACACAGAUUAAGUGACUCAUAAACAACAGAAAUUCAUUUCUCACAUUCUGGAGACUGGGCAGUCAGAAAUCAAGUCACCAGCAGAUUUGUUGAGUAGUGAAGGCCCAUUUCCUGGUUCAUAGAUGGCACCUUCUCAUUAUGCCCUCACAUUGUGGAAUGGCAAGGCCAUAGGGCCUCUUUUGUAAGGGUGCUGAUCCCAUUCAUGAGGACUCUAUCCUUAUAAUCACAUCAUCUUCAGAAGCCCUAUCACAUUUAUGACUAGGUUUCAACGUAUGAAUUUGGGGUGGACAUAAACAUUCAGACCAUAACAAAGUGUUCAGAAACUUUUAUAGCAAUAUGACAAAUUAAGUUUAUUCUUAAUUGAAUGGAAUAAUAAAAACAGAUGGAUUAGUGAAAAAACAAUAGUUGGCUUAUAAAGAAAUACAUUGAAACCCCCUGAAGGAAUGGUCUAAAUCACUAAACAUAUGCAUCUCUGGAAGUGAGGAUAUACCGGGCCCCUUCUUUAAGCUGUUGUGUCUUAAAGCUGAAAUAUUAACUUCAGUGAUAAAUUCCUCAGGCAGAGCAUUGGCACCUGGGUACAACAGGGUUAAAGAGCAGGAGUGGGGUAGGUGGGGUUACAAACCAGGAACACAUGGCCUCCAAGUUAGAUAGCGUUUUUUUCUCUUUAAUUGCCCUUAAAACACACACGCUCUCACAUAACACAGAAGGUGAGAGCUGAAUGAAGUUUUCUGGGUAAUGGCAUGAAAUGUUUUCCUUAUGAGAAGUGGUGUUGAGUUACAGCGUGCAGACGGAGAACGGGGAGGAGAGAAACAGCAGCCUCAAUCUGGCCCCCACCUUUUCUUGGGCUUGUAGGAAGGUGGACAUGGGCUCCCGGAGACAAGACAAGUAAUGUGUUGAACUGUUCGGUGGCUGGAAUCAACUUUUCCUGGAGUAACCUAAGGCCAGUGUUUACCAGAACUUAGCCAGGGCCAGCCAAGCAGGCACAGAUGCUCUGCUAUGAAAUGCCACGCAGGCAGAGACUGACAAGCGGUAGGAUCUGAGCUUUCCCCUUGGACUGCUGCUUCCUGCUGUGUUCAGGGGAGGGGGUCACUUUCUGGCAACUCUGCUGCUGCUGCUGCUGCUGCUGCUGCUACUUCAGCUCCCUCUCCACUCAAGGUAAGCAGGCUAAGGGAGGGCAGGCUGCUAGGGAAAGCUUUGUACCAUGAACAGGAUCCGAAAGUUUUUCCGAGGAAGUGGGCGAGUCUUGGCAUUUAUCUUUGUAGCUUCUGUCAUCUGGCUGCUCUUUGACAUGGCAGCUCUCCGCCUCUCAUUCAAUGAGAUCAACACUCGGGUCAUCAAGGAAGACAUUGUGAGGAGGGAGCGGAUAGGAUUCAGAGUUCAGCCAGACCAAGUGAAAAUAUUUUACAGCAGCAUAAAAGAGAUGAAACCUCCCCUAAGGGGACAUGGGAAAGGGGCACGGGGCAAAGAGAACUUUAGAAAAACUGAGGAGAGUGUGCUCAAGGUUGAGGUCGACUUGGACCAAACCCAGAGGGAAAGAAAAAUGCAGAAUGCCCUGGGAAGGGGCAAGGUUGUACCGUUGUGGCAUCCUGCACAUCUGCAGACCCUCCCUGUGCCUCCUAACAAGCAGAAGACAGAAGGGAGAGGCACCAACCCUGAAGCCUCCUCUCACCAGGGGACACCAAAGCAAAUGACAGCUCAGGGGGCUCCAAAAACCUCAUUCAUAGCAGCAAAAGGAACUCCAUUAGUCAAAAUAUCAGCACACAUGGGACGUGUCAGUUUAAAACAGGAGCCCCUGAAGAGUCAUAGUCCCAGCAGUGACACAUCAAAACUAGCAGCUGAAAGGGACUUGAAUGUGACCAUCAGUCUUAGUACUGACAGACCAAAGAAGCGAUCACAGGCAGUAGCAAAAGAGAGGGCACACCCUGCCAGCACAGCAGAGCCGAAGUCUGGGGAAGUCAUGGCCUUAAACAAAACUAAGUCUCAGAGCAAAGAAGUCAAUGCAAAUAAACACAAGGCCAAUACGAGUCUUCCUUUUCUUAAGUUCAUUGUCAAUUCAAAUCGCUUAAGGAAGCCAUCUAUUAAUGAGACACAUUUGGGAAGUUUGUCAAAGGAUGAUGGAGCUAGACUGGCUCAUGGGAAGAAACUCAAUUUCUCUGAAAGCCAUGUUGUGAUUAUAACCAAAGAAGAAGAGCAAAAGGCAGACCCCAAGGAGGUCUCCAAUUCUAAAACCAAAACUGUAUUUCCUAAAGUAUUGGGUAAAAGCCAAGGUAAACACAUUUCCAGGAAUAGAAGUGAAAUGUCUUUCUCUUCACUUGCUCCACAUAGAGUACCACUGUCCCAAACUAACCAUGCUUUAGCUGGAGGGCUAGAGCCAGCAAAAAUCAACAUAACUGCCAAAGCACCCUCUACAGAAUACAACCAGAGUCAUACAAAAGCCCUUUUACCUGAAGACAGUGGAAUGCACCAGGUGUUAAGAAUUGAUGCGACGCUUUCUCCAAGGGACCCCAAAGCUCCAGGGCAGUUUGGGCGUCCUGUAGUUGUCCCCCAUGGAAAGGAGAAGGAGGCAGAAAGAAGAUGGAAAGAAGGGAACUUCAAUGUCUACCUUAGUGAUUUGAUCCCAGUGGAUAGAGCCAUUGAAGAUACCAGACCUGCUGGAUGUACAGAGCAGCUAGUUCACAAUAACCUCCCAACCACCAGUGUCAUCAUGUGCUUUGUGGAUGAAGUGUGGUCCACUCUCCUGAGAUCUGUUCACAGUGUCCUCAAUCGCUCUCCUCCAUACCUCAUCAAGGAGAUUCUGCUGGUAGAUGACUUCAGCACCAAAGACUACCUAAAAGAUAAUUUGGAUAAAUACAUGUCCCAGUUUCCAAAAGUUCGGAUUCUUCAUCUCAAAGAGAGACAUGGCUUAAUAAGGGCCAGGCUGGCAGGAGCACAGAAUGCAACAGGUGAUGUGUUGACAUUUUUAGAUUCUCACGUGGAAUGUAACGUUGGUUGGUUGGAACCUCUUCUGGAAAGAGUGUAUUUAAGUAGAAAGAAAGUGGCCUGUCCAGUAAUCGAAGUCAUCAAUGAUAAGGAUAUGAGUUACAUGACAGUGGACAACUUUCAAAGAGGCAUCUUUGUGUGGCCCAUGAACUUUGGUUGGAGAACAAUUCCUCCAGAUGUCAUUGCAAAAAACAGAAUUAAAGAAACUGAUGCAAUAAAGUGCCCUGUCAUGGCUGGUGGAUUAUUUUCUAUUGACAAAAGUUACUUUUUUGAACUUGGAACAUACGACCCUGGCCUUGAUGUUUGGGGUGGAGAAAAUAUGGAGCUCUCAUUCAAGGUGUGGAUGUGUGGUGGUGAAAUUGAGAUCAUUCCCUGCUCCCGAGUAGGCCAUAUAUUCAGAAAUGACAAUCCGUAUUCCUUCCCCAAAGACCGGAUGAAGACAGUAGAGCGGAACUUGGUGCGGGUUGCUGAGGUCUGGUUGGAUGAGUAUAAGGAGCUGUUCUAUGGCCAUGGAGACCACCUCAUCGACCAAGGGCUAGAUGUUGGCAACCUCACCCAGCAAAGGGAGCUGCGAAAGAAACUGAAGUGCAAAAGUUUCAAAUGGUACUUGGAGAACGUCUUUCCUGACUUAAAGGCUCCCAUUGUGAGAGCCAGUGGUGUGCUUAUUAAUGUGGCUUUGGGUAAAUGCAUUUCCAUUGAAAACACUACAGUCAUUCUGGAAGACUGCGAUGGGAGCAAAGAGCUUCAACAAUUUAAUUACACCUGGUUAAGACUUAUUAAAUGUGGAGAAUGGUGUAUAGCCCCCACCCCUGAUAAAGGAGGCAUAAGCCUGCACCCUUGUGAUAACAGAAACAAAGAGCUAAAAUGGCUGCAUAAAUCAACAUCAGUCUUUCAUCCAGAACUGGUGAAUCACAUUGUUUUUGAAAACAAUCAGCAAUUAUUAUGCUUGGAAGGAAAUUUUUCUCAAAAGAUCCUGAAAGUAGCUGUCUGUGACCCAGUGAAGCCAUAUCAAAAGUGGAAAUUUGAAAAAUAUUAUGAAGCCUGAAAUGGAGCUGAUGUUGUUUUUAUAUAGUAAAUGCAUUAAAUACUGUGAAAAUAACACUGAACUUGUUAACUAUAUUUCUCAGCGGUAGUUUAAAUUUUCAAUUUUAAUAGAAUUUGAAUGGAAGAUUUUUUAUAAAUCACAAUAUUUGGAAUACCAAAAGAUAACUCAGGAAAACAGUCCAACAUUGGACUGAAGUCCUUCUUCAGAACUGGGUGGCCUUUUGAAUUGCCUGCUUUCCACCCUGUGCUAGAACUCAUCCUGCAAAUUUCCCUGUGAAGCUAACAAGUAACCGGAAAUGAAGACAGAAGGACUUGAGAAAGCAUGAGGGUAUUCCCAAUGACUGUGUUUGAUAAUAAUCAGCUCUUCUGGCCCACAAGUAGGAAUGAUCAACGAGAACUUAACUUAGUCCUUUAUUUGGAGAUUUUUUCAUCAAACAAAAAUUUCUUGAGUUCUUACGGCUAGAAGACCUUGGAUGCCCACAGCUAUCACGUUUGUGAAAUCCCUCCAGACUACAUGCAUACUUACCUAACAGUUUGAAAUGGUAUUGAUCUACUGCCGGUAACCCUGCUUGAUGGCAGCAUUUUGAUCUAAAUUACAUAAUGGUUUUUCCCAAUCUGAAUCAGUGGAAAAAAAUUUAAGUGAGGAAGAAGAGGGCUUCAAAUGCUUAUUUAAUUCUAGGUGUGAACACCAUUUCAGCUCAUUUUGUGCUUUUAAAACUACAAUUUUAAAGAUUUGCGAUACCAAUAA